UUUUGGUGCAGCGGCGCGGGGGGCAGGCAGCCUGUGUGCGAGUCGGCCACACGGAGGGCGGUGGGCAGGCGCGCGAGGCGCUCGGAGAGGAGGGCAGGCCGGCGGCCUGCGCCGGAGUCGAGAGAGGUCUGACGACUUGAGGCUGCAGGGUGCAUCUCUAGAGGAGAGGCUGGCGACAAAGCAGGAGCAGGAAAAUAGCCUGGAUUUGUGGAGGCCUGCUUUAAGGCUCAUCGCCGCUGCAGGGAAAGAAAGGAGGAAGAGACUGGCUCAAAUCGCUGGAGGGUGGCCUGCUGUCUGCUGUAGAGCUUAAUAUCACUGGAACAAGGCAAGGAGGGGGAAUUGCCCCACAUCAGUGCAGAUCCACCUCCAGUGGCAGCUCUGGUGGUGUUGGAAUUGCUGCUGACUACCGUCCUCCAGAGGUCUGCACCUACCUGGGAACCAUCCGUCCUCCCCCAGCUUGGUUGUGCUUCUGCUGCACUGUCUGUAAUAUUGGCUGAGGCUGGGCUUGAGGAGGAGGCUGGUUGACGGCUGGACUGGUUUGACUCUAACUCGUUUCCUACUGUAUCAUCUCCUGAAUCGCUGAAGGAUCAGAGUGUGAAGAUACAAAACUCACAGAUCUGUGGUAGAGGCUGAGACUGGGGUAGGAGUAUUUAACUGAGCCUUCUCUGUAACUUGUACUAUGACUGGGGCCGAGAUUGAGCCUGGUGCCCAGGCCAAGCCUGGAAAGAAGGCUGGAGAAGAGGUUGGGGGUGGGCCUGAGAGAGAGAAUGAAGUCCCAAUGGUGGUCAGACCCAAGGUUAGGACCCAGGCCCAGGUGAUGCCUGGGGAAAAGCCCAAAACUGAGUCCAAGGGUAUGUCUGGGGCAAGGCCAAAAACUGUGGCCAUAACAGGAGGUGGGACACAUCCUAAAACUGAGGCUGGGGCAAUGCCCAAGCAUGAAGCUCAUUCACACAUCCAGGCUGAGUUUGAUGCUGAGGCAAUGUUGAAGACAGAGGGAGUGUCCCAGACCAAUGCCAUAGCCUGUGCAUUCGUCAGUACUGAGUCUGAGUCAGUUGCUACAACUAAGACCUUGUCUAUGGAUAGGGAAUUGUUUAAUGUGGAUACUGAGUCGUUUCCCGGCACUAAGGUCAAGUGCCAGUCAGGAAUCCAGCCUUUGUUCGGGUCAGAGGAGACCAAUGUCGGGUCCUGGUGCUGUCCUAGGCCUACAUACAAACAAGAGGCCUCUCACAAUUGUAAUUUCAGAUGGGUGGAUGGAUCUUCUCUGAGUUCCUGGUUCUGGAGUGGAGAAGAUGUGAGUACAAGGUUUCAUCCUAGGGACGGGAUAAAGGCCAGUACCAGGUCGAGGCACAUGGCCAAAAAAGAGGUUUUGUCUAGGCCCAAAACCAAUCAGGAGCUCUAUGUUGUGUCCAGUUCUGGUUCUGAGGAUGAAUCUUUUAAGACAUCCUUGUUCUGGGCCAGAGGAAAGACCAGUAUCUCGUCCAGGCCCAGGGAAGAGACCAAUAGCAGGUCCAGGUUUAGGUCCAAGAAAGAAGACUCUGAGUUCGGUUCUGGGUCUGAAUGUGAGAACAAUUUGAAGUACUGGUUCUGGCCUGGAGAAGAGGCCAAAUCCGGGUCCAAACCCAGAGCUAGGAAAGGGGCCAAUGUGAGGGUCAGGCACAAGGCCAAGCGAGAAGCUUCUGUUAAUUUCAUGCCUGAGUCUAUAGAUGUCAUCAAAAAAGAGUCCUGGUUCUGGCCUGGAGAAGAGACUAGUAACUUGUCAAGGCCGAAGUCCAAGAAAGAGGCCAGGACCAGAGCAAUGGCAAAGGAAGAGGCCAAAACCAAGGCCAGAGCCAGGGACAAGCAAGAAGCCGGGUCAGAGGAUCAGUUCCUCAUUGGGACCUGGUUCUGGGCUGCAGAAGAAUCCAGCAUAGUGGGUGGGGCCAGCGUCAAGUCCAGUUUUCAAGUGGAGGAUGAGUCCAUUGUUGGCAGUUGGUUCUGGGCUGAAAAAGAGACCAAUAUGGGGACUGAGGCCAGCAGUAAAUCCAGACCAAGAACUGAGCAGGAACCUAUUGGCAAUUCUAUGCUUGGGGCUGGGGAAAAGACCAGUAUGGAGACUGGGGUUGAGGCCACUUCCAAAUCUCUGCUAGCAGAUGAGAAAACAAAGGUCAUUGCCAGUUCCUGCUUUUGGGCUAGUGAAGAAACCAACCUAGAGGCUGAGGAAGAGACCAUUUUUGGGUCAUGGUUUUGGGUCAAUGAUGAGGACAGUGUGAAAGCUGCUGUUGGGACUAGGUGUGGGUCCAGGCCUAGGUCUGAGGAAGAAGAGGUCACUGGUCCCUGCUUCUGGGCUAGAGAAGAAGUCAGUAUAGAAGCUGAGUUUAGAGAAGAGGCCAGUCCAGGAGCUGAAGAAGAGACAAUAUUUGGGUCCUGGUUUUGGGCUGGAAACCAGGCCCAGGUGGAUUCUGGGGCUGAAGUCAGCAGUGACGCCAUGUCAGGGGCUGAGGAGGAGGAACCCAUGAUUGGAUCUUGGUUUUGGGCUGGAGUAGACACUUGUGUGGAGGCUGAAGUCAGCAAUAAGUCUAGCCUGGAGGACAAGGAAGAAAUUAUUUCAUCAUCUUGGUUUGGGACCACAGAAGAGGUCAGUGUGAAGUAUGGGGCUGGUACCAGAUGCAAAUUUAUGACAGAGCCUGAAGAGAUCAAUAUUGAGUCUUGCAUCUGGGCGGAAGAAAAUCCCUGUAUGUAUCCUGCCAAUGGAGGCAGGUGGAAGUCUAGGUCAGAGGAGGAACAGGACACUGUUGAGUCAUGGUUCUGCUCCAGAAAAUACACAAGGCCAGAGACCAUUAUAGGACCCUGGUUAUGGGCUACAGAAGAGGAUAGUAUAGAUGAUUGGACUGGAGAAGAGGCCAAGCCGCUGACCAAGGGAGAGACCAUGAUUACGUCCUCGUUCUGGAAAGGGGAUGAAGCCAUUAUAGAGGCUAUAGACAGAGAAGAAUCCAGGUCCUAUGCUGAGGAGGAAGACAUUAUUGAUUCUUGGUUCUGGCCUAGGGAAGAGGACAAGCUCAGGAUAGCAGCUGAGGCUAGAGAACAGGACAGGCUCGCAGCUGAGGAGGAAGCUAUUGUUGGGUCUUGGUUCUGGGCUAGGGAAGGGGCCCUUAGAAAGGAGCCUGGCUUUUGCAGCAAAUCCAGUCCAGAAGCCGAAGAGGAGGAAGUCAUCUUUGGGCCCUGGUUCUGGGCUGAAGAAGAGGCGAGUCUGGAGGCAGGGGCCAGUUUUGAGUCCAAGCCUGGAACCGAGGUGGAGGAAAUCAUUGUUGGGUCUUGGUUCUGGGCUGAAGAAGAAGACAGUGUAGAGGUUGGGCCUCAGGCAAUAGAAGACACCAGGUCAAGGACUGAAAAUGAAACCAUUUUUGGAUCCUGGUUCUGGCCUGCAAAAGAAGCCAUUGUAGAAGCAGAGACAUACUGUGCAUCCAAGCCAGAGGAUGAUGAAGAGAUGAUUGUUGAGUCCUGGUUCUGGUCUGGAGACAAGGCUGUUAACAAAACAGGAACUGUGGCCACCUGUGAGUCCAGGCCAGAAAAUGAGGACGGGGCAGUUGUUGGAUCUGGGUUUGGAGCUAAAGAUGAGCCCAAUAACAGGACUGGCAGUGGAACCAACUGUGAGUGCAAGACAGCAGCUGAGGAAGAUGAGACCAUAGUGGGGUCCUGGUUCUGGGCAGGAGAUGAGGCCCGUUUUGAAUCAAAUCCUAACCCUGUGUUCAGAGCCAUUUGCAGGUCCAGGUAUUCAACUGAGCAAGAGCCUGAUGCUUCACACAGGCCCCAGAGCUGGGAGGAGGUCACUGUUAAGUUCAAGCCUGGUCCAUGGGGUAGGGUUGGCUUCCCAUCCCCAAGCCCCUUUAGAUUUCCAAAAGAAGCAGCGUCUCUAUUCUCUGAAAUGUUUGGAGGAAAACCCAGGUACAUGAAACAGGGUCUAGAAGGGGAAGAGCAGGAGUCUCUGCUUCAGUCUGAUCAGCCUGAGUCUGAGUUCCCAUUUCAGUAUGAUCCGUCCUACCGGUCAGUCAGGGAAAUUCGGGAGCAUCUUAGGGCCAGGGAGAGUGCAGAGCCUGAGACUUGGUCCUGCAGCUGCAUACAGUGUGAGCUUAAAAUUGGUACUGCAGAGUUUGAAGAACUCCUUCUAUUAAUGGACAAAAUUCGAGAUCCUUUUAUUCAUGAAAUAUCUAAAAUUGCAAUGGGUAUGAGAAGUGCUUCUCAAUUUACCCGAGAUUUCAUUCGGGAUUCAGGUGUUGUCUCGCUUAUUGAAACCUUGCUCAAUUAUCCCUCCUCCCGAGUUAGGACAAGUUUUUUGGAAAAUAUGAUUCACAUGGUUCCACCUUAUCCAGAUCUAAACAUGAUUCAGACAUACAUAUGUCAAGUAUGUGAAGAAACCCUUGCUUGUAUUUUGGAUUCCCCUGAGCAGCUAUCUGGAAUAAAAAUGCUUAGACAUCUCACUACAACCACUGACUAUCACAUGCUGGUUACCAAAUAUAUGUCUGGGUUUCUUUCCUUACUAGCCAUGGGCAAUACCAAAACAAGGUUUCAUGUUCUGAAAAUGCUACUGAAUUUAUCUGAAAAUCCUGUCAUGACAAAAGUACUACUCAGUGCUGAAGCAAUGUCAGAAUUUAUGGAGCUUUUUAAGAGGAAAGAGACAAAUGACAAUAUUCAAGUUGUUCUAGCAAUGUUUGAAAAUAUUGGUAACAAUAUCAAAAAGGAGGUAAUGUUGUUCACUGAUGAUGAUUUCAGCCUUGAGCCACUUAUUUCUGCCUUCCAUGAAGUUGAGGAAUUUGCUAAGGAACUGCAAGGCAAAACAGAUGAUCAAAAUAACCCUGAGGAAGACCAAGAAAAUUAGUAUGAUUAGUCACUUGCCUCUGAUUGUCCUUAUGUUCCUGAGUUAAUGAUCCUUGAAUAAUGCUUUGGUUUUCACAGUUGGUUCUGUGUUGUAAUAUACAUCUUUAAUGCUGAUACUAACUUUGCCCAACUCUGUGUAUGAGCUGGAUCAUUCUUCUGAUGCCAAAUGAGUAUUAGAACUGUGAAAACAGAUUUGUUGAUAUUUGUCUUUUUGUCCAGAUUGUGACAUUUGGUGUUUAAGCUUAUAGUGAACUGAGCCAUCAUAAGUAAGCUACCCUUCUGAUUGUUGUUCUAGUGUAGUGAAUUCUAUUUGAGUCUUGUAUGUGUUUUCAAUAAAGUUCUUUGUUA